CUCCCUCCUCUACUCAGACGAGUUUCUAUUUCCCCGGCUUCUUUCCUCCGUCGCCCCGAUGCUUGGCACGGGCAGGAUGGCAUCGCCCGUCUUGCAGAAGCUGGAGGAGAAGUUGGUCUGCUCCAUCUGCCUGGAGCUCUUCGGGCUGCCUGUCACUUUGCCCUGCGGGCACAACUUCUGCAAGCGCUGCAUCAGUGACCACUGGAACAAGCAAAACCAGGCAGCCGCUGGGGCCAAGAAGAGCUACACGUGCCCCGAGUGCCGCAGGGACUUCGAGCAGUGCCCAGAGCUGGAGAAGAAUGUCACUCUGUACAGUGUGGUGGAGCUGGCACGGGAUGGCGAGGCACGGGUGUCGGGCACGGAGGGGUGCGAGGUGGCCUGUGGGGAGCUGUGCUCACAGCACAGGCGGCCGCUGGAGCUGUACUGUGAAGACGAGCGACGGUGCAUCUGCUGUAUCUGCACCGUGCGGCAGUGCCAGCAGCACCGGCGGGUGCUCUUCGAGGAGGAGCGCUCUAAAAAAGAGACCCUUUUGAAAGAGUCCCUGGAAAGAGCCCAGGAGGAAACAGAGAGAAUCAAGUGGGCGAUGCAAGAGCUGGAGGAGCAAACAUGCAGCAUCAAGGAGUCCUCUGAGGGGUUCAAAUCAGUGAUUCUGAACAAAUUCACCCUCCUGAGGAAAGCGCUGGAGGAUUUCCAGCGGCAGAUGGUGGCCAGGAUCGAGCAAGAGCAGACGGCAGCACUGGGGCACGUGGGGGAGAACUGGAGCCUCCUGAAGGAGCGACUGGACAUCUUGGGCCAGCACAGGGACAGGGCUCAGCACCUGCUGGCCUGUCCCAAUGACAGGACCUUCCUCCAGCAGGAGUUUCCCUUGCUCCCAACUCUGGAGAACCCAGAGGCACUGCUCCCUGUGGAGUUUGAUGUGGCUGGCAUGGUCCAACCCUUCACUGAGAUCCUCACCGACAUCUCCAGGCUCCUGCUGGAGGACCUGCCCGGCUCUGUGGCUCCCAAAGCCCCUGACCCCGUUGGCCAAGGUCCGGUGCAUCCCCAGGAGCCAGCAGUGAAGUUGGUGGCCCCUCUCCAUGAGUGCCAACUCCGAGCUGAGCUUCUAAGGGAUCACCGCAAUCUGACCUUCGAUCCUGAGACGGCCAACAAAUACCUGGAGCUGUCGAAAGGUAACCAGAAAGCCAAGCACAGCCACGGCGCUGUCUGUGAGCAUCAGGAGCAGGGAUCCCGCUUCGAGCCCUGGCAGGUGCUGUGCACGCAGAGCUAUGGCUGCGGCCACCACUACUGGGAGGUGAAGAUCUCCAGCCACUCCGUCAUCCUGGGGGUGACCUACCACAGCCUCCCCCGGCAGCGGCAGCAGGGCCACAAGUUCAACAUUGGGCUGGAUGGGGGCUCGUGGGGGUUGCAGGUGAGGGAGGAUUGUUACCUGGCCUGGCACAAGGGCCGGGCAGAGAGAAUCCAGGAGCAGCUGUAUCAGAAGCUGGGGGUCAGCCUGGAUUACAACAAGGGGCUGCUCUCCUUCUACGGCCUCGGGGAGAGGACACAGCUCAUCCAUUCCUUUCAUGAUGUCUUCACCAAGCCCCUCUAUCCCGUCUUUUGGCUGUGCGAGGGGCGAGUGGUGACGCUGUGCCAGACGGACUGUUUUCCUCUUUCUCCCAUUCCAGACAAAUCUCUCAAGCCUGGAGAAGAUUCGGGGUGGGGAGGGCCGCGGGGAGGGGGGAGCUGCAGCCCCACGGGAGUACUGCGGUGCAAGGCAAGUGCUUCCCCCAGCACGCCCCACACCCGGAGGCAGCACAUCUCCAAACAACCGCAGGGAGCGCAGCCCCAGCCCGGCAGCAGCAGUGGCUCCGGAGGAGGAGCGGGCGGGCGGGGCACGGCGGCCGCCCGCCUCCCGCUGGGGUUGGGGCCGGCGGGGCCCGGCUGGUCGGGGCUCUCAGGGAUGGAGAAGGCGCCUGGGAGCGCCCCGUCGUCCUCCGCUUCGGCGUUGCGGCUGGCGCUGGCCGUUCCGGGGCUGCCCGACGGUCCCUUUUGCUGCCCCAUUUGCCUCGACCUGCUGAAGGACCCGGUGACGGUACCGUGCGGGCACAACUUCUGCCAGGGCUGCCUGGGGGCGCUCCGCCAACGGCCGGGCCCCCCCGACGGCAGCGGCGGAGCGGGCGGGGCUGCCCGCUGCCCGCUCUGCCAGGAGCCCGUCCCCGCAGCCUUGCGGCUCUGCAAGAACCGCGCCCUCUGCGAGGUGCUGCCGCUGCUGGCAGCCGCCGCCACCGCUUCGUCCCCAACGUCUCCGGCGUCCCCAGCCGCCGGGUCCCCGAUGGCACCGGGGGCCGAGGAGGAGGAUGCGGCGGGGGAGGAAGGAGCGGCGGUGCUGUGCGACGUGUGCCCAGCGGGGUCGCGGGUGGCGGCGGAGCGAUCGUGCCUGGUUUGCCUGGCUUCUUUCUGCGGAGCCCACCUGGAGCCCCACCACCGCGCCCCCGCCUUCCGCGCCCACCGCCUGGUAGCCCCGCUGCGGCGGCUGGAGGAGGGGCUGUGUCCCCGCCACCUCCAGCCACUCGACGGCUUCUGCCGCGCCGAGCAAACCUGCGUCUGCGCCCGCUGCCGGGCCCACGAGCAUCACGCUCACGACGUGGUGCCCCUGGAGCGGGAGAGAGAGCACAAGGAGGCCCAACAAGCCAAAGUCCUCAGUGAUGCAGAGAACGAGCUGGAGGAGCUGGCAGUCACCAUUGCCCAGGCCAAGAAGAUGGUGGAGCUCAUUAAGAGCGCUGCCACGAAGGAGAGGGAAAAAGUUGAGAAGCUCUUUGCAGAAGCCUCCAAGGUCCUGGCCACCUUCCAGAAGGAGGUGGCCAGUUUCAUCGAGGAUGGGGAGCGCUCCAUGCUGGGGGAGGCCGAGGCUGAUCUCCGCUGGAAGGAGGAGAGGCGAGCUAAGCUGGCCCAGUGCAAGCAAAACCUGGAGAACGUCCCCAGCACCAACACCAUCUACUUCCUUCAGGAAUUUCAAGCCUUAAAAGUAGCCAUGGAAGAAAACCUCUCCCCCGCGCUGAGCUUCCAGAAUGAGCUGAACUUCACUAAAUGCGCACAAGCUGUGGGCGCUGUGAAGGAUGUGCUGUCUGCUGCCUGCAAAAACCAGUGGGACCACUUGCAGGGGAAAGGAAUUGACGGGCUGAAUUUCCAAGAGACGGAGGAAGCAUUGUCUGAGUCUCGAUUUCCAGACAAGUCAAACAAUCCCGCCUGCCUGGAGAGCCGUGAUUACUUCCUGAAAUUUGCCUUCAUCAUUGACCUGGACAGUGACACGGCUGACAAGUUCAUCCAGCUCUUUGGCACCAAAGGGGCCAAACGGGUGCUGUGCCCCAUCCCCUACCCAGAGAGCCCGACGCGGUUCAUCAACUGCGAGCAGGUGCUGGGUGUGAACCUCAUGAACCGGGGCAACUACUACUGGGAAGUGGAGCUCAUCGAUGGCUGGGUCAGCAUUGGUGUCAUCGCUGAGGACUUUGACCCCCGGGCGUCCUACAACUGCGGACGCCUGGGGCGAAACACCAAGUCCUGCUGCCUGCAGUGGAACGGACAGAACUACGUGGCCUGGUUUGCUGGCUCUGAGUCGGUCAUCCAGCAGCCAUUUUUCCACACAAUUGGGGUCUUCCUGGAGUAUUCGGAGAAGGCUUUGACCUUCUAUGGGGUCAAGGACUCCAAGAUGACCUGCCUGCAGCAGCUCAAGGUCUCCCAUGUUGCCAAGGGUCAGUGUGACCCAUUCCAGCACAAGAUCAACCACCAUUUCCCUUAUCUUUUCUCGUGCAAGCUGAAACCAGCCUUCUUCCUGGAGAGCGUCGAUGCCCACCUGCAGAUCGGGCCGCUGAAGAAAGAUUGUGUUUCGGUGCUAAAGCGUAGGUAA